AUGAGGAAGCAGAUCCCGUUUCUGACGGCCGAGCAGGCCAAAAGGAAAGGGAAUAACUACUCCCCAAUAGCAAUCAAAGAAUCAGGACCAAGAUGGAAGCCCGAGGAGGACGUUGAGCUAGUACCCCUUGAUCCUGACAAGCCAGAGAGAACAGCGCGGAUCGGCUCGCGCCUAAGCCAGGAGGAAAAGGCAGAGCUUGUAGCCUUCCUCCAGAACAACAAAGACGUAUUUGCAUGGUCACCAUCUGACAUGCCUGGCAUCGAUCCCCAGAUCAUCUGCCAUCGCCUACACGUCAACCCAGCCAUCAAGCCUGUAGCGCAGAAGAGACGCAACUUCGCCCCCGAGCGAGUCGCCAUCAUUGAAGCCGAGAUCGACAAGCUUCUAGUUGCCGGUUUCAUUGAAGAAGUCUCAUACGCAGAAUGGCUGGCGAACGUUGUUCUAGUAGCAAAGAAAGAUAAAGGCCUGUGGAGAGUGUGCGUCGACUAUACUGACCUCAACAAGGCAUGUCCUAAAGAUAACUUUCCACUGCCGAGAAUUGACCAGCUCGUCGAUUCAACUUCCGGCAAUCAACUGCUAAGCUUCAUGGACGCCUACUCCGGUUACAACCAGAUCAUGAUGCAUGAAGACGACAAGGCAAAGACCUCUUUCAUCAUCGAAAGAGGUACCUACUGCUACAAGGUCAUGCCCUUUGGGCUGAAGAACGCCGGGGCAACCUACCAAAGGCUGGUGAAUAAAAUUUUCAAGGAGCAAAUCGGCAAGACUAUGGAGGUCUACGUAGACGACAUGCUAGUCAAAGCUCCCGAGCGAGCAGACCACAUCGAGAAUCUUGCCGAGGCAUUCAGCAUACUCCGAAAAUACAACAUGAAGUUGAACCCGAGCAAAUGCACAUUUGGAGUCUCGUCCGGCCGAUUCCUUGGAUACUUAGUCACCCAAAGAGGAAUUGAGGCACAUCCAAAUCAAAUCAAGGCUAUACUCAACAUGAAGUCACCUGCCACAACAAAGGAGAUACAAAGUCUAACGGGUAGGGCGGCAGCUCUCAACCGAUUCCUCUCUAGAUCUACCGACAAAUGCAGGCCAUUUUUCAAAGCCUUGAAGAAGGGACACAAGGAAAGUGGGAUGACGAGUGUGAAGCGAGACUUGUACAUCUACCUAGCGGUGUCCCACUCAGCUGUCAGCUCAGCUCUCAUCCGAGAAGAGCUGGGGGCACAACAUCCGGUAUUCUACACUUCAAAAGCUCUCCUCGAUGCAGAGACUCGCUAUCCGAAAAUGGAGAAGCUCAUUUUUUCGCUUGUGGUUUCUGCGAGAAAGUUAAGGCCCUACUAUCAAGCACACCGGAUAAUUGUCAUAACAGAAUUUCCUUUGAGAUCGAUCCUUCACAGCCCCGACGCUUCUCAGCGACUCAUGAAAUGGGCUAUCGAACUCAGUCAAUACGACCUCCUCUACCGGCCGAAGACUGCUAUAAAAGCCCAAGCUUUAGCAGAUUUUGUUGUAGAGUUUACUCCGACAGCCGAAGAAGAGAAGAUGGUGUCACGAAAAGCAAGGAAAAAAGCGGACGACACCUCCCCCACCGAUUCGAACCUACCUAACGACAUGUGGCAGUUGCAUGUAGACGGAGCAUCAAAUCACAAAGGAGCGGGAGCAGGAGUCGUCAUAAUCACCCCAGACGGAACCUUGUUGGAACAAGCUAUCACACUAGGCUUUUCUGCUUCAAACAACGAGGCAGAAUAUGAGGCACUGCUUGCAGGACUACGCCUAGCGAAAGAACUGUCGAUCAAGAGACUGGCCAUCUACUCAGACUCCCAACUGAUCACGAAUCAAGCCUCAGGCGAGUACAUGGCAAAGCAUCCAAGAAUGGUCCAGUACCUCGACAAAGUCCCAAGGACUUUUGAAAGAAUUCCCUACUUUCACCAUCCAACAAAUUCCACGGGCAGAGAACACUCAUGCAGAUGCGUUGGCGAGCCUAGGAUCAGCACUGGACACCCAAUUCAGACGCUCCAUCCCAGUUGA